UUUUGUUUUAUUGUGUAGUUAAGCACUCCGUCGGCUUUGAACUUCUGCUUGGCAAAGGAUCUUCCUGUGGUAGGAAGCUUGAAAAGAGAAGUGGAGAGGCAAAAAGACUUUGCAUAAGAUCACCAUACUGACAAACAGGAGCUGUCCAUGUAACUUCAUAAUUCCAGCUUUGUUUGCAGUGCCAUCUCAACCUUCCGAGAGAGAAGAUGUUUUCCCGGUUAAGAGCUGUUGCUGCUCCUCGCACUUUGUCCUGCCGCCGAGUGCACGUGAGGGAGAAAGGCAAGCCGCUCAUGUUGAAUCCAAGAACAAACAAGGGGAUGGCGUUUACAUUACAAGAACGACAGAUGCUUGGUCUUCAAGGCCUUUUGCCUCCUAAAAUAGAGACGCAGGAUAUCCAAGCCUUACGGUUCAAGAAAAACUUGAAAAAAAUGACUAACCCGUUGGAGAAAUACAUCUAUAUAAUGGGCGUCCAAGAAAGAAACGAGAAACUGUUUUAUAGAAUACUGCAAGAUGAUAUUGAAAGUCUGAUGCCAAUUGUGUACACACCAACAGUUGGUCUUGCCUGUCGUCAAUAUGGGCACAUCUUUAGGAGACCUAAGGGAUUGUUUAUUUCAAUCUCAGACAGAGGUCAUGUUAGAUCAAUUGUGGAUAACUGGCCAGAAAAUCAUGUUAAGGCUGUUGUGGUGACUGAUGGAGAGAGGAUCCUAGGUCUUGGAGAUUUGGGUGUCUAUGGAAUGGGGAUUCCAGUAGGGAAGCUGUGUCUGUACACCGCGUGUGCAGGGAUACAGCCUGAGAAGUGCCUGCCUGUGUGCAUCGACGUGGGCACCGAUAACAUGACACUAUUAAAAGAUCCAUUUUAUAUGGGCUUGUAUCAGAAGCGAGAUCGUUCCCCGCUUUAUGAUGAUCUGAUGGAUGAGUUUAUGAAGGCGAUCACUGACAGAUACGGCCGGGACACACUCAUUCAGUUUGAAGACUUUGGGAAUCAUAAUGCAUUCAGGUUCUUAAGAAAAUAUCAACAAAAAUACUGCACCUUCAAUGAUGACAUUCAAGGGACAGCUGCAGUUGCUUUGUCUGGUCUUUUUGCGGUCCAAAGGGUUAUUAAUAAAUCAGUCUCAGAACACAAAAUCUUAUUUCUUGGAGCAGGAGAGGCUGCACUUGGAAUUGCGAGUCUUAUAGUUAUAUCAAUGAUGGAAAAUGGUCUUUCAGAAGAGGAGGCACAGAGGAAGAUCUGGAUGUUCGACAAGAGUGGCUUGCUAGUUAAGGGGCGGACUGCUAGCAUAGACAGUAACCAGGAACCAUAUGCUCAUGAGGCCCCAGAGAACAUACCUGCAACAUUUGAAGAUGCAGUAAAUAAACUUAAGCCUUCAGUUAUAAUUGGAGUGGCAGGUGCUGGCCGGCUUUUUACUCCCGGUGUAAUCAAAGCCAUGGCCUCUAUCAAUGAGAGGCCUGUAAUAUUUGCUUUAAGUAAUCCUACAGCACAGGCCGAGUGCACAGCUGAAGAAGCAUACACGCUUACCGAGGGCAGGUGUUUGUUUGCCAGUGGCAGUCCGUUUGAGCCGGUGAGACUCCAGGAUGGGCGAGUGUUCACCCCAGGCCAAGGCAACAAUGCUUAUAUUUUCCCAGGUGUGGCUUUAGCUGUUAUUCUCAGUCAAGCCCGACACAUCAGUGACACCAUUUUCUUAGAAGCUGCAAAGGCGCUGACGGCUCAAUUGACAGAUGAAGAGUUAGCCCAAGGCAGGCUUUACCCGUCGCUUGCUAACAUUCAGGAAGUUUCUGCUAACAUAGCUAUUCAAAUUACAGAGUACCUGUAUGCUAAUAAAAUGGCUUUCCGAUACCCAGAACCUGAGGACAAGGCCAAAUAUGUGAAGGAAAGAAUGUGGCGGAGUAAUUAUAUUUCCCUGCUGCCGGAUGUAUAUGACUGGCCAGAGUCUUCGUUGAAACCACCUCAGAUAACAGAAUAGAAGCUUUCCCAUUAAGACAUUCCAUGCUUCAGGGAACCACUAUUUUUAGACAAAAAGAUAAUAUUCUCUGAGUUACA